AUGCCUAAACCUCCGAAAGCCCCAGCAGAAGCACCCAGGCCCUCUAUGGGGGAAUCUCCUGGAGUGUUAUCAAAACGCACUAACAGUAAGAAAAGCAGUUGGUGUCCUAAAGUAGAAAUAGAAUUUGACCCACAAUGCGAUCCUCAAAACCCAAAGGCCAUUAAUUACAAGGAGAUCAUUAAAGCUGCCGGCGAGAUCGGCGAGACUAUACCGAAGACUCCACUCGUUAAAUCUCGAUGCUGUAACAGAUUUGGGCUACAAUUAUAUUACAAGAUUGAAACUCUACAUCGGACUGGCAGUUUCAAUGAACGUGGAGCUCUAAACGCUUUACUCAGUCUGACUCCUGCGGAACAGGACGCCGGAGUUAUAACUGCUUCGCUGGGCAACUUUGGAAUGGCUUUAUCUUAUCACGCCCGCAAGAUGAAUGUGAGGGCGAGGAUAAUAUUCCCCGAGAAAACCCCGGCUAUGUAUGUUGACAAGUGUAAGCAAUACGGCGCAAAAGUUUAUAUUGACGGAGAAAACUUUAUGGAAGCCAGACACCAGGCGUUCGUAAUGGCUAUCGACUUAGGAUCCGUUUAUAUUAAUGGUUACGAUAACCCAAGCGUGAUAGCCGGGUGUGGCACCAUUGGGCUGGAAAUAUUAGAGGAGCUGCCUGAAGCUGACGUCAUCAUUGUGCCUGUAGGUGGUGGGGCAUUAAUAGCUGGCAUUGCCGAAGCUACGAAACAUAUCAAGCCUGAUAUCCAGAUUUAUGGCGUAGAACCAGAUAAAUGCUGUUGUUUCUUCAAGGCCAUGGAGAAGGAUGGCAUCUUUGAGACAGAAGUCAGACAAAGUGUGGCGGGGUCCUUAGCGAUUCCAACUGCUGGCUGUAAUUCAUUCCACACAGCGAAACCUUACAUUAGUAAAAUGAUCCUCGUCGACGAUGACUGGAUAAUGAGAGCCAUCCUCCACUUCGCUGAGGAAGAGAAGCUGGUCGCCGAGGGCGCGGGAGCAACAAGCCUUAGUGCUCUGAUGGCCAUGCCCAACAUCCUCCCGGAAUUGAAAGAUAAAGUUGUCGUGUGCAUCAUGUCUGGCAGUAAUAUAGACAACAUUACGUUCCCUCGAUGUUUGACGCGAGCUAAAGCAGUAGAAGGGAGUCUUAUUAAAAUUUCGUUUAAAAUGAUGGUAGAAACUCGGGACCUAGAACACUCGUGUCAAGUGAAGCGGGUAUUGAACAAACUGUUCCCGGACAAAUGCGAAUUUUUAGAAGAUCCCUUCAGCCCUAUUCCUAUCUGUUCGUGUUUCCCCAAGAAACAAGGACCACCAGCAGCUAUAGACCAGUCUAAGAAAGUAGUUGGUAAAAAAUAA